CUUCUCAUCAUUCCCUCCAACCUCUCUCUCUCUCUUAAAAAUUGUUACUUUCUCUCUCUAAAAGACUUCGAUUGUUAAUCAGCUUCUCUCUCUAGAUAAAGCUUUCAAUUCUCUCUCUCUCUCUCUCUCUCUCUCUCUCUCUCUCUCUCUCUUUCUUUUUCCUCUGCUCUGUUCAUCUCUUGCGUCUUCUCCUAUUGAAAGGAAACAACUUUGACUAAAAAGAUUGUAUAUUUUUUUGCAAUUAUUUCUCAUCAGAUUGGAUCUGGGCUUGGAGCUGAAUAGCGUAGGUUGUUAGUGUUCUCUGAAAGAGUGGUAAAGACUGCUAAAGCAUGUCUGUUUCAAUGAGAGAUUUGGAUCCAGCUUUCCAAGGAGCUGGACAAAAAGCCGGCAUUGAGGUAUGGCGUAUAGAGAAUUUCAGCCCUACACCCAUUCCUAAGUCCUCCAUUGGCAAGUUUUUCACCGGAGACUCUUACAUAGUAUUGAAGACAACGGCGUUGAAAACAGGUGCAUUGCGCCAUGAUAUCCAUUACUGGCUUGGUAAAGAUACCUCUCAGGAUGAAGCUGGGACUGCUGCAGUUAAGACGGUUGAAUUAGAUGCAGCUCUAGGAGGUCGUGCAGUUCAGUAUCGGGAAGUUCAAGCCCACGAAACCGAGAAAUUCUUGUCGUACUUUAAGCCAUGUAUCAUACCUCAAGAAGGUGGUGUAGCUUCAGGAUUCAAACACGUGGAAGCUGAAGAGCAUAUCACCCGCUUGUUCGUCUGCAGAGGAAAACAUGUUGUUCAUGUCAAAGAGGUCCCGUUUGCUAGGAGUUCUUUAAACCAUGACGACAUUUACAUUCUUGACACAAAGUCAAAGAUUUUUCAGUUCAAUGGAUCAAAUUCAAGUAUCCAAGAGAGAGCAAAAGCAUUGGAAGUGGUUCAAUACAUCAAAGAUACUUACCAUGAUGGCACAUGUGAAGUUGCUACCGUUGAGGAUGGGAGACUUAUGGCUGAUGCUGAGAGUGGAGAGUUUUGGGGUUUCUUUGGUGGUUUCGCUCCUCUACCUAGAAAAACAGCUAAUGAUGAAGACAAAACUUACACUUCAGAUAUCACACAAUUAUUUUGUGUGGAGAAGGGACAAGCAAAUCCUGUUGAAGGAGAUUCUUUGAAAAGAGAGAUGCUGGAUACAAGCAAGUGUUACAUUCUUGAUUGUGGACUCGAAGUGUUUGUUUGGAUGGGUAGAACCACAUCUCUUGAUGAUAGAAAAGUUGCAAGUGGAGCAGCAGAAGUAAGUUUUUUUUCUUUAUCAAAUCUAAAGAAAGUCUUACAAUCUCUUUGUUGUGGGUAUGCUGAUGUUAGAAGAAUCAUGCAGGAAAUGAUUCGUUCAUCUGAACGACCCAAAUCGCAAAUGAUCCGGAUAAUAGAGGGGUUUGAAACCGUGACAUUUAGAUCAAAGUUUGAUACCUGGACUCAAGAAACUAAUACAACCGUGUCAGAGGAUGGUAGAGGCAGAGUUGCUGCACUUUUGCAACGGCAAGGAGUGAAUGUGAGAGGCCUGAUGAAAGCUGCUCCACCUAAAGAAGAGCCUCAAGCUUUCAUUGAUUGCACGGGGAAUCUGCAGGUUUGGCGUGUGAAUGGUCAGGAAAAGAUUCUUCUUCAAGCUGCUGAUCAUUCGAAGUUCUACAGUGGAGAUUGCUAUGUUUUCCAGUACUCUUAUCCUGGAGAAGAAAAGGAAGAAGUUCUUAUAGGAACUUGGUUCGGCAAGCAAAGUGUGGAGGAAGAAAGAGCUUCUGCAGUCUCUAUGGCGAGCAAAAUGGUUGAGACAAUGAAGUUUGUGCCAGCUCAAGCUCGCAUCUAUGAAGGAAAAGAACCUCUUCAGUUCUUUGUGAUUAUGCAAAGCUUUAUAGUUUUUAAGGGUGGUAUUAGCAGUGGAUAUAAGAAAUAUAUAGCAGAGAAAGAAGUUGAUGAUGAUACAUACAAUGAGAAUGGUCUUGCUCUAUUCCGCAUUCAAGGGUCUGGUCCGGAGAAUAUGCAAGCCAUACAAGUUGACCCGGUUGCUUCAUCAUUGAACUCCUCAUACUGUUACAUACUACAUAAUGAUUCUUCUGUCUUUACUUGGAUUGGGAAUCUAGCAACCUCAACUGACCAGGAACUCGUUGAGAGACAGCUUGAUCUUAUUAAGCCAAACCUUCAGACUAGAGCACAAAAGGAAGGUUCAGAAUCAGAACAGUUCUGGGAGUUAUUAGGAGGCAAAAGCGAAUAUAGGAGCCAAAAGCUCACAAAAGAACCAGAGAGUGACCCUCACUUGUUCUCUUGCUCGUUCACUAAAGACAUUCUGAAGGUGACAGAGAUAUAUAACUUCACUCAGGAUGACUUGAUGACCGAAGAUAUAUUUAUUGUUGACUGUCACUCAGAGAUCUUUGUCUGGGUUGGCCAAGAAGUAGCCCCCAAGAACAAGUUGCUAGCGUUAACUAUUGGAGAGAAAUUCAUAGAGAAAGAUUCUCUCCUGGAAAAGUUAUCCCCUGAAGCUCCUAUAUAUGUGAUCAUGGAAGGUGGUGAGCCAAGUUUCUUCACCCGGUUUUUCACUUCUUGGGAUUCCUCUAAAUCAGCUAUGCAUGGAAACUCAUUCCAAAGAAAACUCAGAAUUGUCAAAAAUGGUGGAACUCCAGUUGCAGAAAAGCCGAAACGGCGAACUCCAGCUUCAUAUAGUGGACGAGCCAGCGUUCCUGACAAGUCCCAGCAGCGGACAAGAAGCAUGUCGUUUAGUCCAGAGAGGGUUCGCGUGAGGGGAAGAUCUCCAGCGUUCAAUGCACUGGCAGCAACAUUUGAGAGCCAAAAUGCAAGAAACCUCUCAACUCCUCCGCCAGUAGUUAGAAAACUUUACCCCAGAUCUGUCACUCCUGAUUCAUCAAAGCUUGCUCCCAAGUCUUCAGCCAUUUCUUCUCGUAGUGCCCUUUUCGAACAACGGUUAAAAACACCUCCCCAAGAACCUUCAGUUUCAAAACCACCCAAAGCGAGCCCAAAGACACCUGAGUCUCCAGCUAUGGAAUCCAACUCAAAAGGGAAGGAAGAGAAGAAGGAAAAUGAGAACGAGGAGGAGAAAUCAAUGAGCAGCAGGAUAGGAUCUCUGACGAUUCAAGAAGAUGCUAAAGAAGGAGUGGAAGAUGAAGAAGACUUACCAGCUCACCCAUAUGAACGUCUCAAGACAACUUCAUCUGAUCCUGUCUCAGACAUUGAUGUAACAAGGAGAGAGGCUUACCUUUCAUCAGAGGAGUUCAAAGAGAAGUUUGGUAUGACUAAAGAAGCUUUCUACAAGCUGCCUAAAUGGAAACAAAACAAAUUCAAGAUGGCUGUUCAACUCUUCUGAGAUAUGAUCCUUCUUCUUCUCCAUCAAACGCGCGCUAUUAAGAGGAGAAGAUUCGAGGGACAGUGUCAGUGCAUUUUAAGCUGUUUCUGCUCCCCAUGAGAGGCUUAAUAACAUUUCUUCAUGGCUUGUUUAAAAAAAACAACCCAAAUCAGUUUUAUUUUCCUUCUUUUUUCUCCUUCAAUCUUUCACCUUUGCUUUCAUCAUCUACUUGUUUGUCUCUCUUCCAAAUUUCUCCUUUUUUUUAUUUUUUUAAGUGAUGGGUUGAGGUUAGUUUGUUUCUUACUCAGGUCACAGGGUUUGGCCUUGAGUCUUUGAUUUAUUUAUUCUUGGGGUUAUUUUGCUACCAAAUUAAGGAAAUUUGGUUGCAAAAUAGAGAUUUUAUUGAAACAAAUAGAGACCGUAGAAGUUGAGAACUGGGUGUUUUUUGUGUGUACAGAAAAGUUUACAAACUAAAUUGUGUUACGUUAUAUUAAAUGCUUGUUUAAUUUCA